UGUAAUCCUCCACCAUGUCCACACUGACCCCCUGGAUGGAAACAGGGGUCACCGGUACCUUAGCCCUCCUCAGGUCAGGAUACAGAAGUAGGAAACAAGUGAACUGGUGAAAACUAUUAAUUUCAGGAAGGAAGAAGAAAGUGAAGAAGAACCCAAGCUGAAGUAUGAAAGAUUGGGUAACGGAGUGACAGAAAUCCUGCAGAAAGACGUAGCCAGUUGUAUGGUCGUUCAUGAUAAGUUUUUGGCUCUGGGGACACAUCACGGCAAAGUCUAUUUACUGGACGUCCAGGGGAAUGUGACGCAGUUCUUCGACAUUAGCUCGGUGAAGGUGAAUCAGAUCAGCCUGGAUGAAAGUGGAGAAUAUAUUGGGAUUUGUUCAGACGACGGCAAGGUCCAGGUGGUCGGACUGUACACCAGAGAAGGAUUUCAUGAAAGCUUUGACUGCCCUAUCAAAAUCGUGGCUCUUCACCCACAGUUCAGCAGAUCAAACAGCAAGCAGUUCAUCACGGGGUCAAAUAAGUUGCUGCUGUACGAACGGAACUGGCUGAACCGGUGGAAGAUGACGGUGUUGCACGAAGGAGAAGGCACCAUCACGAAUGUGAAAUGGAGAGGCAGCCUCAUUGCAUGGUCGAACAGUGCGGGAGUCAAGAUAUACGAUGCCAGCUCAAAGCAACGAAUCACAAAUAUUGCUCGGGACAACACAGACUUUCGGCCGGAUAUGUAUCUCUGCAGCCUGUGCUGGAAGGACAACCUAACGCUCAUUAUAGGUUGGGCAACAUCUGUUAAGGUAUGUGUCGUGAAGGAGCGUGAUCCAACUGACUUAAGAGACUUGCCCAAUCGUUACGUUGAAAUUGUGUCUGCCUUUGAAUCAGAGUUUUACAUCAGUGGACUUGCACCCCUCGGUGAACGCCUUGUCCUCCUCAUGUAUGUGAAGGAGCCCUUGGAGCAGAAGGAUAACGAACACUGUGCAAGGCCUCGGCUCGACAUCAUCCACCAUUUGCCUGAUACAUAUGAGGAGAUCUCUUCUGAUGCUCUGUCUGUGCGGGGCUUCCAGGAGAACGAAUGCAGAGAUUACAGCUUGGAGCACUCUGAUGGUGAAUCACUAUUUUACAUCAUCAGUCCAAGGGACAUUGUAGUGGCAAAGGAACGGGACCAGGACGACCACAUUGAAUGGCUGCUGGAGAAGAAGAAGUAUGAAGAAGCCAUGAUGGCAGCUGAAAUCAGCCAGAAGACGAUAAAAAGACAUAACAUACUGGAUAUUGGAAGAGCAUAUAUAAACUACCUGGUGGACAAAGGAGACUACCAUGGAGCUGCAAGAAAAUGUCAGAAGAUUCUUGGCAAAAACAUGGAACUUUGGGAAAACGAAGUAUACCGUUUUAGAAAAAUUGGCCAGCUUAAAGCUAUUAGUAGGUACCUGCCCAGAGGUGACUUGCGCCUGAGGCCUGCUAUAUAUGAAAUGAUCUUGUACGAGUUCUUGGAGAGUGAUUAUGAGGGGUUUGCAUCCUUGAUAAGAGAAUGGCCAGGGGACAUAUAUAAUAAUGUGGCUGUAGUCCGGUCCGUCUUGGAUCAUUUGGAUGUGGCUCCAAAUAAUAGAACACUUUUGACAACUCUAGCAGAAUUGUACACCUACGACCAGCGUUACGAUAAAGCCCUGGAAAUUUACUUAAAGCUGCGACAUAAGGAUGUUUUCCAGCUCAUACACAAACACAAUCUCUUCAGCUCCAUAAAGGAUAAAAUUAUUCUGCUCAUGGAGUUUGACAGAGAGCAAGCAGUGAACAUGCUCCUGGACAAUGAAGACAAAAUUUCCAUUGACAAGGUUGUGGAGGAGCUGAAACAGCAACCUGAGCUACAACAUGUGUACUUGCACAACCUGUUCAAGAGAGAUCACCAUAAAGGACAGAAGUUCCACGAGGAACAGAUCAGCCUGUAUGCUGAAUAUGAUCGGCCAAGCCUGCUGCCGUUCCUGAGAGACAGCACCCACUGCCCACUGGAGAAGGCUCUCGAAAUCUGUCAGCAGAGGAACUUUGUUGAAGAGACAGUUUUUCUCUUAAGUCGAAUGGGAAAUUGCCGCCGUGCACUGCAGAUGAUAACUGAGGAACUGCAAGAUGUAGACAAGGCGAUCGAGUUUGCCAAGGAACAGGAUGAUGCAGAGCUCUGGGAGGACCUCAUCUCACAUUCCAUUGACAAACCACCGUUCAUCACUGGACUGUUGAAUAAUAUCGGGACCCACGUUGAUCCAAUUCUCUUGAUCCACCGAAUAAAGGAAGGCAUGGAGAUCCCUAACCUGCGAGAUUCUCUGGUGAAGAUCCUUCAGGAUUAUAACUUGCAGAUUUUACUGAGGGAAGGAUGUAAAAAGAUAAUUGUGACUGACUGCUUGGCUUUGCUGAAGAAAAUGCAUAAAACCCAGAUGAGAGGUGUCCGCGUUGAUGAAGAGAACAUCUGUGGAUCAUGCCAUUCUCCCAUUUUGCCUGCAGAAGCUGCAAAACCGUUCAGUGUAGUGGUCUUCUACUGUCGACACAUCUUUCAUAAGGAUUGCCUUCCUUCCCCAGGCAUGCAGUUCUGUAACAUCUGCAGUGCAAAAAAUCGAGGACCCGGCAGUGGAAUGAGUGAAGUUUAAACCCUGAGAUGAAUUUGCCGAACAACCGUUAAUUUAAAACCUUGGCUGCAUUGUUGCGAUACAGGUCAUUUUCAGUCAACUGUACUUUGACAACUGUCAAAUCUAGUGUGGGUUAUGAAGUAUUAACUCCUGAUUAACAUCACUUUAAAGUCAUCCACCUUGUACAUAAUCCGCUUGCAGAAACCACGUGAUCAUAUACAAACUUGAAGAACAAAUGUUUUCCCCAACAUUUGUCUCUCCUGCAACAGCUUUGACCUUUUCACUAAGAAAGUUGAGACAUGUUAAAGAUACAACUGUGUUUGCAUUUGUAAUUAUAGUUCUGUUCUAUAUAAAUACGUAUGUAUACGUUUGUAGCAAUAGUUGUGUUCUAUAUAACUAUUUGUAUGUAGAGUUGAGUUCUUCUGAAGUGCGCUUGAUAACUUACAAAUAUUGUAAACUUGUAUGAAAAAUCUAAUAAUUAAAUAGCUGUUCUUUACGUUCUCAAGUCAGAGUAGUUUUUUAUGAGAUUCUGUAGAUGCUGGAAAUCCAAAGCAACACAGUCACAGAAUGCUGGAAGGAUUCAACUGGUCAGGCAAAGUUCAAAUAAAUUCUAUUAUCUAGGUACAUUUAUGCUGAGAUUCAUUUUCCUGUGGGCAUACUCAGCAAACCUAUAGAACGGUAACUAUACUGUGAGAGUAUAAUGGAGAUCAUGGUGACAGGCUGAAUCACUGUCUGGUAUGGUGGUUGGGGGGCAGGGUGAUACUGCUGCACAGGACUGAAAGAAGCUACAGAAAAUUGUAAAAUUAGUCAGCUCCAUCUUGGGUACCAGCUUCCGUAGUAUCCAAGACAUCUUCAAGGAGCGGUGGCUCAGAAAGGUGACAUCCAUUAUCAAGGACCCCCAUCACACAGGACAUGCCCUUUUCUCAUUGUUACCAUCAGAAAGGAGGGACAGAAGCCUGAAGGCACACACUCGGCAAUUCAAGAACAGCUUCUUCCCCUCUGCCAUAUGAUUCCUAAAUUCACACUGAACCCACGAACCCAGUCCUGCUGAAGAGUCUUGGCCCGAAUUCAUAGACUGUUUUCUUUUCCCAGAUGCUGCCUGGCCUGCUGAGGUCUUCCAGCAUUGUGUGUGUGUUGCUUGAACCCAUCUUUUUUUAAUAUAUAUUCCUGUUUUUCCACUAUUUUUAAUCUAUUCUAUCUAUACACAUAUAUAUAUAUAUACUUUCUGUAAUUGAUUUUUUUCUUUGAAUAUUUAUCAGGUAUUGAAUUGUACUGCUGCUAAGUUAACAAACUUCACGUCGCAUGCCAGUGAUAAUAAACCUGAUUCUGAUUCUCUAAUGUGACCAAUGGAA